AUUCGUACCGUCCUGCAUCCAUCUGCAUAAGGAAGAACACAGAACAAAUAAGCGUUACUACAGAACAGAACAAUAAGUAUCUCAACAUGGAUAAAGCAAUGGAAAAACUCGAACCAGUCAUCCAGAAGGUCGACAACUUUAUCGCUCAGUACCCUUCUGUCACCCAAUAUGGUAUGUCGUCUAUCCCAGCUAGUACCGUCCUAGCGGAGAACCCGGCUGUUGGUGAACCUUUUUAGUUUUGCCCGCGGAGGAUUCGGGCGGAUGGGCCGAAUUGUGUGGAAGGCGGGAUGCAAAGCAAGUGCGAAGCAGGGACAAUGGAUUUCCUUCGAGUCAUUUGUGGGCGUGACGUGGAAGAGCCUUUCGGCUUAGCCUAGAUUGCGACGAAACCAGUCGAGGCCAACUGUUCUCCCGAACCUGGUGCAGCAGCACGCACCCUAUCCCCCAUUCUUCAGUGAUAUGCUAGGUGUGGUUGACCUUCGCUACUUUUCUGACAGAACUGGUGCUUUCUCUUCCCUCUUGUUUUUUUUUUUUUUUUUUUUGGCGAUAAUUUUUAAUAUCUGCAGAGAAAUUUAAGGAUCUCGAGGAAAAGACUGGGUAUCCUAAGGCACUUUUCUUCGUGGGAAUGUGCUCGCUCAUCAUGUUUAUGGUGAUUGUUACCGGUGGAAUGAAGCUUUUAUCUAAUUUGAUCGGCUUUUUAUACCCCGCGUACAUGUCGUUCAAAGCCCUCGACGGAGGCAAGGGUGUCGACGGUGAUGCUACCCAAUGGAUGAUGUACUGGAUCACGUUUUGCUCCAUCAACCUGAUGGACGAAACCUUUUCGUUUUUGUCCAGCACAAUUCCUAUGUACUACUUCAUCAAAAUCGGCCUAGUCGUUUGGUUGUACCACCCAAAAACCACCGGCGCCCAGAUUAUCUACAGCUCCGGAGUACGACCCUACCUAAUGCCCAUGAUGGAAGGAUCUUCCGUCACAACUGGCACCAAGAAGGACUAAAGCACGCGCGGCUUUUGAAAGAGUAUCGCUGACAACCAUUUCUUGCGUCAAACGGAUCUCUUGAAUGCAUGUGCUGUAUAAAUUCAGGAAAGGAGACACUCUGCGAGAUACGCAACGUCAACCGAACAGCCGGGGCCGGUCGUGUGUGCCCACCCGAUUCGACUUUCAUAUUAAUAUAUCAUAUGUGGGCCUGUCGUGUGGCCCACUCAGGUUUGAUUUUGUAGGGGGUUCAAUGGAACCAAAAUUUGAAAAGGAAAAAAGUACUGUACUAAAAUAAAAAUAUUGUUUAAGGAAGAAAACUAGUCCUUUCGU